GGUAUUUUUUAGUUCCUAUCAUGCGGUGCGCGUAGUGCGAGCUCUUCAGCACCCGAUAAACUAAACGAACUAAUUAAACGAGAGUUUGUUAACCGUUUACGUCUUACCAUUUGCUUGAUUACGCGACCGUACAUUUACUUUGCAGGACACCGUUUUAGGACAUGUGUGCGCCAUGUCGGUGUUGCGGCGACCGCUUUUUGGCAUGGUGCAAAGCUACCGGCGCUUCAGUUUGAGUACUUGCGCUGGUAAUAAGCCCAAUAGCAAAUUAAAGGAAUGGGAAGCUGUCAUUGGCAUCGAAGUCCACGUUCAAAUAGAAUCUAAUUCAAAGUUAUUUUCUAAUUCUCCAUACAAGUUCGGAGAGCCUCAAAACUCUCAAGUUUCACCUUUUGACGCGUCCAUACCCGGAACAUUACCGGUCCUGAAUCGGAGAUGCGUCGAGGCAGCUGUCCUGACUGCGCUUGCGCUAAACUGCAAUAUCAACACUGUGUCCCACUUUGACCGGAAGCAUUACUUCUACGCAGAUAUGCCAGCAGGGUACCAGAUUACUCAACAAAGGUCACCUUUGGCCACCGGUGGCUACCUAGACUUUGUUGUAUUUGCGCCUGGCUCUCAAGAGACAUACUCCAAGCGAGCAACACUAAUUCAACUUCAGCUUGAGCAGGACAGUGGCAAAAGCCUGCAUGAUGUCAUACAUGGUAGAAGCCUCAUUGAUCUUAACCGUGCAGGAGUUGGUCUCAUGGAGUUGGUCUUUGACGCAUGUCUUAAGGAUGGUGAAGAGGCAGCUAGCCUUGUCAAAGAAUUGCUCAUCACGUUACGCACUCUUAAUGUGUGUAGCGGCAAGAUGGAAGAAGGCACUCUGCGUGUGGAUGCAAAUGUGUCCGUAAAUCGUCCAGGUGAACCAUGGGGCACGCGAACUGAAGUGAAGAACUUGAACAGUGUGCGUGCUGUUGCUAAUGCUGUAGACUUUGAAAUUGCAAGACAGAUUGAGGUACUUUCAUCUGGUGGGAAAAUUAUCAACACAACUAUGUCGUUUGACAGCUUGAAGAGGUGCACUGUUCCAAUGAGAGACAAAGAAGUUGUCCAAGAUUACAGGUUCAUGCCGGAACCCAACUUGCCUCCUUUAGUGAUUUCUGCACACGAGACUGAUGACCUGGCCACAGUCAGCAUUGAGAAGCUACACAAAGAAAUGCCCACUCUUCCAUGGCAACACAAAGAACAACUUGUGGAAGCUUACGACUUGACACCCCAUCAAGCUCAGACUAUAAUGAAUGAAGAUGGCUUCCUGGAACUCUUUCUUAAACUGGCCAGCUUUAAAGAUUGUGAAGUCAAGCACAUUGUCAACUGGAUGCUUCUUCACUUGCUCGCCCAGCUAAACAAAGCAGACAUCACAUUGCCAUCCAGUUCCUUAGAUGCAGAUAGGUUCCACGAGCUACUUGUUCUUAUACAGAAGCAGCAGGUUAGCAACACAAUCGCACAAGACGUUUUGGAGCUCUUGCUGAAUGGCGAUCCAAGGACACCAACAAAGAUUAUUGAAGAGAAUGACUGGUGGCAGAUAACAGAUGUUGAGCAGCUGAAGCAAUUAUGUCAGACUGUCAUAGAUGAGAAUCCAAAAGAUGCGAAGAAGGCAGCCAAAGGAAAAGAACGAUUCCUCAACUCAAUGAUGACAAAAGUGAAUGCAUUGUCAAACAGCCGAGCCCAAAUGAAACUUGCCAAGCAAAUUAUGUUAGAGCUUCUUGACAAAAUGAAAUAAAAGAGAAUGUUUGUGCAGUGAA